AAAGAAUUACGUAAGUACUCUACCUUCGUAAUAAGUAUCGUUAAUUAGGUAUUCGAACGUGCAUUUAAUCGAAUUAUUGAUAUCUGCGAAUAAUUUCAUAAAUACGUACAACAAUGAUACUAAUGUUGAUCGCGAGCUUAAUUUUCAUCGUAAUGUUGAUAAAAAUUGUCGAUCGAUUAAAAAAUGAACAGUACUAUAAAUUGAUGGAGCAGUUUCCUUCGUAUCCAGCAUAUCCUUUGAUUGGAAACUUGAACAUGUUAUUUGGUUCACUCAAAGAUUUACUGAAAAACUUGGAGAAAAUAAUGUCACUCGAUGAUCGCGUGUUCUUUUGGUUAGGUCCUAUUCCAGUAUUGUUUUUGAAAAAACACGAUGAUAUCGUGGCAGUUUCAAACCUAACUCAAUAUCGUGAUUGGAUGGGAUUUGGAGAUCAAUGGUUUGGAACCGGAAUACUGACUGCCAAAUACGAAUCAUGGAAAGUAUCGAGAAGAGCAUUCGCACCUGCUUUCACAACAGAAAUGAUGUCAAAAUAUGUUGAUACUUUCAAAAAAGGUUCAUUGGCUCUCGUGGAAACGUUCAAACCAGCAGCACUUUCUGGUGAAAUAAUAGAUGUUUGGGAAGAUGUGAUAAGGAUCAAUAUUGACACAAUCGUAGAAAACACAAUUGGCAUAGCAUUGGAGGGAGUAGGGCAAGAAGGAAAAGACUUCAGUAACUCGUUGCAUGAAGCAAUGCCAAGUGUAACUAAGCAAGUGAUAACACCAUGGUUACAGCCACGUUUAAUAUAUAAUGCAUAUCUCAAAUUGACAGGAAGAUCAAAAAUUAUAGACCAGUUCCGCGCUUUGCCCACAAAGAUCCUGAAAGAUAAACUCAACGAUUACAAGAUUGCGCAAAAUUCGUCAUUGGAACAUGUUCCAUCAUCCAAAGCAAUAAUCGACCAACUCAUCAAAGGAGGCCUCUUGGAAUCUUCGUUCACAGAAAUUCGAAUGAGAGAUGAACUAAUACACGUAUUCAUAACAGCAAUCGAAAGCACAGGAUUAAAUCUAUGUUUUUUAAUGUUGAUGCUGGCCAUUCAUCAAGACGUUCAGCAAAAAGUUUACGAAGAAAUCGAAGAGAUUUUUAAAGAUAACGACACUCCCACCACAGAUCAUCUAUUCAAUGGACUAAAGUAUACGGAGCAAUGCAUCAAAGAAACAUCCAGAAGAUUUACUCACGCUAUAAUUACUACCAGACGUACUCACAAAGAAUGUAUAUUAAAAGAUGGUGUGAUCAUACCACCCAACACGUUCAUUAUGCCACUUAUACAUGUAGCCAAUCAAGACCCCGAUGUGUAUGAAAAUCCGCAAAAAUGGGAUCCAGAGCACUUCAGCGAACAAGCGAUAAAAAAUCGACCAAAAAAUAGCUUCAUGAGUUUCGGACAUGGACCAAGAUCUUGUAUAGGAAUCAGAUAUGCCAUGGUUACGGUCAAGACAAGUAUUGCGUACCUGUUACGUGAUUAUCAUUUGACAACUAAUAUAAAAGAAGUGACCGACGAGGAUUUGAUAUCCGAUUUGAGCAUACGAAGUAAACUUGGUUACCCAAUUAAAUUUUCGAGAAGAGAGCAGAUCGAAAAUAAUAAUACGAUACGGAAUUAGAUAUUGAAGCACCGCAUUUGCUUAAAAUAAUUCAUAUUGAAUAUUUAGACGGUUUUAGUACCUAUACCUAAUUUUUUUGCUACUUUUUCAUUUUUUUCGUUUUUUCAUUUUUUUAAAUUUUUUAUUUAUUUUUUUUUUGAAGCAUGUAAAAUGAAAAUCGAAGAUAACGCGAUUGCGAUGGCUUAUUUAAAACGCUGAUUACCUAUUCAAUGCGUAAUUCGUACUAAAUCCAUAAUAAUGAAUCAACAUUGCAAAUAAGCGAUGUUCUCAAGGUUACAAUGAAAUUAAAAUUGCACUAAAUACGCCUGCAUAAUUAUGUUUUUUUUCGCGGACUCUCAAAAAUCUGGUUUUUGGGUUGAAUGUUGUUUGAAUCUCUUUUCAAACAUCUUUUUAGAUUCCAACCGUAAACUUUCUAACCUUAAAAGUCUUCUUAUUUCUUCAAGUAAAAUCAGUAAAAUCCAAACUCCAGUUUCAAAAGCGAUUAUGCCAGCUAGCAGAUUCUCGAGAAUCGGUCAAAAUCCGUGUAGAAAAAACAAACUUAUUACCUUGUCCUGCUUUUAGAAAUUUCGAAAAAAAAAUACUGAAUUGCUAAAAGCUUUCCGAAGGAAGGAGUCUUUACCAUCAUUUAAUAUUCCAUUUUUAACUUUUCGUAUAAUUUGGAGGCGAGAAAUUAUCACAGGUGAGGCGAAUUGUCUGUGAGGCUUCAUUUUUUGUACAAAUUACCCCCCCCCCCCCUCCCCCGACACACUAUUUCGCUAUAUCGUGGCUGGUCGAGAGCUUGGAAAUUGCUCAGCACCGAGAAAUUCAUUCGAAAAACCUAAUCUUGUCAUAAAAUGAAAUAUCUACACUAGACACCUACCCCUUUUUUAAUUUACCUACACAAAUAAAUUGUAAAUUUAAAUUAAAUCUAGAUAUAACUUCCUUAACAUAAAAUUUAAUCCUUUAUACAUCCUAACAUCAACCAUGGUUUAUCAGCCUUUUUCGAACAAUAAGCGUAAGGUAAGGUGUGAUCAAUGAUCAUUGUUUAGAGAGAUCCCUCAUUUGAUUAUCAAAAAUAGACUUUUUAUUCUUUUUUGACUUAUUCACCAAGGUCAUAGGUCAUCUUUACAGAAUUACAAAAAAAUUGGACAAAGUGUAUUAAAGUGUCCUAAGAUUCGAGUAUGGUAUCAUUUUAUAAAACCAUCAAAACAUCGACCCGGACAUGAUUUUUUUCAUUUUUAUCGAAAUAUGUAACUUACGUCGAUCAAAUGGAUCUCUCAACCAUAUCGCAUACAUGGUGAUAAAAAUAUUCAAGACCAAGGUUAAUUUUUUAGUAAAAUGUUUGCAAAUUUAAAUUAUUCCUAAUUUGAAUUUUAGAGAAUUUUAAUUAUUACAUUGUUUACUUAUUAUUUUUUUGUAAAUUUUCGGUAGUUUUUUUUAUACCCUAAAGCGUGUUAAUGACGUGUUUUCAGCCCUAUUUUAAAUAUUAAAUUGCAAACGGAAGAUAUCAUGGCUCAAUUUAUGUCUCAGUUACCCGGAAGAUUACCUACAUUAAAUAAAUCUAGUACUCGUAUUCGUAGUUAAUUAAGUAGGUAUGCGUUGCUCUACAUGUUACAGAAGAAUAGACAUAUUUUCCAUUAGGUACUUUUGGAACAGUUUAUAGGCCUACGUACAUUUAGGUUGUCGCAAUCAGAUUUAUAACCUUAGUUUGUUCAGUCAGGCUUAAGUGUUUUGAGGUGCAUUUUUGUUAGAUUCGCCCCUUUUUCGGGUUUAAGAUCGCGAGUGAUUUGGUACAUAAAAGUACAACAAUGUUGCUAAUACUAGUAUUAUUGGCGAGUUUAAUUUUCGUAAUAUUUUUAAUAAAACUUAUUGAUAAAUUUAAAAAUCAAAGAUUUUAUACGUUAUUGAAGAAAUUUCCAUCGUAUCCGACGUAUCCGUUGAUUGGAAACUUGUACAUGAUAUACGGUUCUCUAAAUGGUAAAUCCUUCAAUAUUUUUCUUAUAGGUAGAUGGUUGAAUUAUACAUACUGUAUACGCUCAAAAUGGCAUGAUUUUGAGAUACUUAACAAGGAGCGAACCUGAAGGUUUCCUUGUAAGAUCGAAAGAAAUUGUUCACUUAUUAUUGGAAUUGCUUUCAGAUUUACUGGGUAAAGUGGAGAAAAUAAUGUUACCACAUGAUCGCGUGUUUUUUUGGUUAGGUCCUUACCCUGUUCUACUUUUGAAAAAGUACGAUGAUAUUGCGGUGAGUUACCUAAGUAACCUUAUAUUUUUUUUAAUUUUUAAGAUUUUCUUAAAAUGCAAUAAGUAGAUCAACUUCUCCAAGUGUCGAUUUUUUGCACUCCCAACUACCCGAAGUUGUUGGAUUUUAUGAGAAAGUAAACCCUAAAUUUUUCAUUUUGCCUCGAGUUAGAAAAAAAGU